AAUUCGAUUAAAUGGUAAUUUUAAAGUUGUGACAAAACUUCAAAUCAAAAUCGCACCAAAGGUAUGAACGACAAUUUUAAAGGAAUUUGAUCGUGUGAACUGAUACUAAUGUAACGUAAAAAUCCAAAUCCUUAAUGCCUAUUAAUAGCAACUGAAUUGGAAUAAAUAAGUGUGGAAACACAACGCAUAUCUGUCAGUAUUAUUGUGUGUUCCCGAAUGACACAGCGAAACCUCAAAUCUGUUGUCUCAAAUGUUAGACUUGUCUAUGGAUAUAUUUGACCGGCUGAUUGAAAACAAAGUUGCAUAAUUUUUCUCAUUUCAUCCCAAUGUUUUUUUAGAUACAAAAAUGUGAUUUAUUUCUAGCAUAAUUUUACCAUAAUUAUCGCUAAAAAAACUCAUAUAUGUAACUUCUCUAGUGAAUUUUAGUGGCCAUUUUGUACACAGAGAGGACGAUAUAACGUGAGGGCUAUAUGAGCCAAGUCAUCCUAUCUUACAAUAAAUGGGUUUGCGGCUAGGCCACAGGUCUUAGGCCCAAAAUUAAUGGUUUUCAAAGGUUGAGGUAAGGCGUGGGGACAAGAGUAAAAUCUUGUUUUAUCUUCAUCAGUUGUUUUGCUAGUAAGAUUAUUUCAUAUACCAAAAGGGCACAGAUUUAUGCUAAAAAAAUCAAUCUAUUUGACACAAAAGAAACUCCUGUUGUUAGACUUAUGUGGCUGGGACAUGGCAGGACAAUGCCUUGCAAGAAUCAAUAUAUAGAGUAACAUUUUUUGUGCAUAUUAUCUGUUAGCUGAGUCCGGGUAAUUUCGCGCGUCGCGUUAUUUGAAUGUACCAACUUUAUUCUUAACAUUCACUGACUGUUUCAUAUAUUAUUAAAUUGACUUUUUUUGGGGACCCAGCCAUUGCUCUUUAUUGGUCCCGGCAAAUACGUUACAGGCAUGCCUCUUUUGCUAAGCAUCGCCGUAAACCAGAGUAUCAAUGUGGAUGGCUGGAAGAACCACUGUUAACGCCAAAUCUUUAGGGCGGAGCACUCGGCUAGUAAGUGCUCGACUUUCUACGGCGCCUGUCCACAGUGACGGCAGUUCUGGUCCCGAAUCGGAUGUAACCUAUUCAGGUAGCUCCGGGUUAGGGCAGUGCUCUGUCCACAUUGUGUUACGAGGCGUUGGUGGUGGCGUUGAAGACGUCACCUGUGAGCGUCUUCUCUAUUUGGUCUGGGCAUAGUGACGCCAUGGCCAACGAACGUGUACUUGGUUCUCAUUUACUUGUCCUUGUAUUUUGUCUACUUCAAUUUCUUUUCAAAGUUUUUAGUUUGAUGUUAAAUGUCCUCGUAUUCAAUCCCUUCUUGGGUUUGUUCAUUUGGAGUUUUAGGUAAUGAGCAAGCGUUUCCAAGUAAAAAAUAAUAUUCUAUACAGUUUAAUGUCACAUUUUUUAUAAUUUUUAUACAUUUAAAAACAUGUUUAAACCUAAAUACCUUAUAAACAAAAUUGUAUCUAAAAACAAUGAAAUUCUUGUCAGUAUAUAAAGAUAUCUGUUAGGACACUUAGUCCAAUAUGCAGUGUCUGUUUAUUGUAUGGUGUUGACAAAAGUGUUAAAGCGCUGUUGCUGAAGAUCAAACAAGUAUUAAGCAAACAAAGCAAAUGCGGAUAAUUUCAAUUUUACUUUGUCUUCCGAUUACUUGAUAUCAAUUUAUAUUUUUGAUUCCGAACAUCGUGAUGUGUGUCCCACUACUUAUUAUUUACAGGGAAUAGUGAAUUUAGUCAGAUAAGACAUUGGUUGUCAUAUGUGCUGCUACGAGCAUGCGUUAUGUUAUAUGACAAACACUAAAUGUCAUAUGACACACACGUAAUACCAUAGGACACACACGUCACGUCAUUUAACACACACAAUUUAUCUCAACACAGCAAUAUUACGACGAUUUGUAUCAUCUUUUUGGCGUAUCUAUUAAAUUAUUUCAACAUAGUUGUUGCAUUGCUCGCUAAAUAAGUUUUAAAAAUAACGAUCAAUAACUGGUAUCCCAGGCCAAUCACAUACUCAUAAACAAAACUAACUUCGGAUCUUCUUUCAAAAUAAAUAAAUAAUAAAUAACAGGUAUCCCUGCCCUCUCACAUACUCCCACAUCCACAAUCGCACAGACGCACCCAGAGAUUGUCGGCCUUUCUGAUCCACGAAUUACUUUGAAAUGAACAGACGUACACUUAUCACCAAGUUCAUCAUGUUGUGCAUAUGAUGUAUUGUAUCAUUCCGUGUAGCUAUCAGUACAUUGUAUACUAAAUACAGCUAACAAAAACGGUAGUAAAUUGGUGGCAAGAGAUUUUAAUGAAAUUUAUAAAUAUUUCAAACUUUAUUUAACAGUUUCUAAAAUAUGUACUUCACUUUGGAAUUUAACACAAGACUUUAAUAUUUGGGUUAGAUCAGCUUAGUAAAGUUAAAUUUGUCACAACAAGUGGCCAUCUGAUUCAACUUGUUUCCCUUCCUGGAAGUUAAGAUGUGAUUAUGCCAUUGUAUUAACCAAAAAAAAAUUAUUUUGUUCCACAUUGAAAAACAAAAUUUAAUUAGAAAGUAGUACAACAGAUAAAUAUCAGGAAUGAGUAAAUAUGAGAAGAGCGAGAAUAAAGUGUAACAUGUCAUCCCAAUGACUUAUAUCAACACAAAACAGAAUGAGUUAGAGAUUGUAUUUACCUAUGGGUUCUUAUGAUGUGCAGCUAUAACAAGCAAUGUUACCAUUGUAGCAAUAACACUUCUCACAAUCUUCAGAUGGCACGUCAUCUCCUUCAUGGUAUUCCUAAAAUAACAACAAUUCCCAUUCUGCAUCAGUUAAUUCUAAAAUAGUCAAUGAUAAUGUAUUAUAGUUUUUUAGUUGGGUUCAUUUAUUAGCUUUUUAAUACUGAAACAUAUAUUAACUUAAUUUGAAAGCCAAUCAAAUUAUCAGUAACUUAUUUUGAUUGAUACAUUCAAACAAGUCAUAACCAAGAAAGAUAAUAUAACUGAUAAUGUAAUAAAAUAACUUUAUCGUUUGCUUCCUUUAAAUUACAAACUUAUCUUCUUUUUAUAUUUAAAUAAAGACCGCCAGAAGGCCAAAAUUGCUCAAUAUCUUGCUUCUAUCAGGGGCAAUGUUUCUAUGUAGAACUGUGUGAUUUGUAUUUUAUCUUCUCACAGGCUCUAAUUCUCUUUAAUAAUUUAAUUUGAAUAAUUUCUAGGUCUGAUUUGACAGACCAAACCCCAGUCCUGACAAAAGAUUUAAUUUGACAAACCAAACACCAGCCCUGACAUCAGAUUUGAUUUGACAGACAAAACACCAGCACUGACAACAUAUUUAAUUUGACAAACCAAACACCAGCCUUGACAUCAGAUUUAACUGGACAAAUCAAACACCAGCCAUGACAACAUAUUUAAUUUGACAGACCAAACACCAGCCCUGACAACAUAUUUUAUUUGACAGACCAAACACCAGCCCUGACAACUUUUUUAUUUGACAGACCAAACACCAGCCCGGACAACAUAUUUAAUUUGAAAGACCAAACACCAGUCCUGACGAGAUAUUUAAUUGACAGACCAAACACAAGCCUUGAUAACAGACUUAAUUUUAUAGACCAAACACCAGCCCUGGCAACAGAUUUUAUUUUACAGACCAAACACCAGUUCUGACAACAGAUUUAAUUUGACAGACCAAACACCAGUUCUGACAACAGAUUUAAUUUGACAGACCAAACACCAUCACUGACAACAGAAUUGAUAAAAGAUCCUGAACAAAAGUUUGAACCCAUUCCUGUACCAAACCCUGACCCCAAAGUUUAACCCAGCCCUUACACAAAGCCCUAAACUCAGGCUUGAACCCAGUUCUGACCCCAGCUUUGACCACAGACCUUACCCAGGCCCUGACCCAUGCCUUAAACCAACCCUUCGCUUCACAUUUUCAAACUUACUUGUCCAUCGAGCUGACACUUAAGUGGUGUACGUUGACACCUCAUCAAUGUGCACACAAUUCCUGUACCGUAACAGCUACAGUUAUUACAGGCGUCAACUUGAAUGCUACUAUUUUAGAAGUAAUCGUGACAUGUGCUCUUCUAUAGUGUGAUUAAAAGUGUGUGUAUCCUAUACAGAGGCGUAGCUAGAGUGUUUUGCGCCCGGGGACAAGAUUCGCGACCGGGGACAAGAUUCACUGUAAAGCGCCCCCUUUUCUAUUUUCAUCUCUUAAACCCAUUAUUUUCAUCAAUAAAAAAAUAUCAAAGCACAUUUUGGCGCCCCUCACUAGCUGGCGCCCAGGGACAUAUGUCCCCCCCUCCUGCAUCCCCUUCGCUACGCCUCUGAUCCUAUACACAAAAAUAAUUAUUGUUCUGAUAAUGUUUUCAAACUAAAAAAUCUAAAACAUACUUUGUUCACAAAAUGACUGAGAUGACGAGCCACCGAUCUCUUUCAAGGUUUACACUUGCAUUGUGACUUCGGCUGCUUUUAAAGAUAACAGAUCCCUAUCCCUCACACCCCCAACUCUUCCAGCUGUUGUUUUUAUCAAACAGUUACGGAACAUUAAACAACAUGGUCAUUUGAAACGUAGAAGCUCAUCCAAUAGUUGCCUUGAAGUUGGCAUAAAUCUAGAUGGCCCCAAUGGGAAAACCUUGAGAUAUGUGCAUAUUUUAUCAACAUGUUCAAUGCAUAUAGUGCAACUUGACGUCCACACUCACAGAAGCAAGUAUUCACACAUGAAAGCAUCGCUUAUAAUUGAGAAGGCCGUAUGUAAAUAGUGUACUAAAGUAUGACUCAAAAUAUUAUUUGUUUACUUUAUGAAUUAUGUAUAUUGUUGGCACUCUUUAUUUUGGAGAACAUAAUAAUCUGAGUUUAAUCAUUUUCUCUGGUUGCUUUUGAAUAAAUCAUCAUGUAUAAAUAAAAUGGCUCUAUUUUUAAUUUAUACUUUUAUAUUUACACAAUGAAAAACGACUUCUGCACUAUUUUCAAGAAUAUUAUUUGUAUCUAUUUUUGGGAACCUUUGAGUCACACGCUAUUUCGUUCAGUGGUUCUCAAAUUUAAAUUUAAUGUUAAUAUUUUUUUUUUAAAGUACGACAGAAACAAAGACACAUAAACACCGAUAGACCGUCAUAGACACAUACAAACAGACAUGCACACACACAUAAUAUGUCAUUUCUACUAUAGUAGCUACAACUCACUGAACAAUAUAAAUGUAUUAUGAACUCUGAAAAGUGUGUUACAAUGAAGUUAAUAAAAGGUAACAGGCUUCGAAUAUCUGAUGUUGAUGUACAUUGAUCGUUUGAGGGUUCGAAUAUCUGAUGUUGAUGUACAUUGAUCGUUUGACGGUUCGAAUAUCUGAUGUUGAUGUACAUUGAUCGUUUGAGGGUUCGAAUAUCUGAUGUUGAUGUACAUUGAUCGUUUGACGGUUCGAAUAUCUGAUGUUGAUGUACAUUGAUCGUUUGAGGGUUCGAAUAUCUGAUGUUGAUGUACAUUGAUCGUUUGACGGUUCGAAUAUCUGAUGUUGAUGUACAUUGAUCGUUUGAGGGUUCGAAUAUCUGAUGUUGAUGUACAUUGAUCGUUUGACGGUUCGAAUAUCUGAUGUUGAUGUACAUUGAUCGUUUGAGGGUUCGAAUAUCUGAUGUUGAUGUACAUUGAUCGUUUGAGGGUUCGAAUAUCUGAUGUUGAUGUACAUUGAUCGUUUGACGGUUCGAAUAUCUGAUGUUGAUGUACAUUGAUCGUUUGACGGUUCGAAUAUCUGAUGUUGAUGUACAUUGAUCGUUUGAGGGUUCGAAUAUCUGAUGUUGAUGUACAUUGAUCGUUUGAGGGUUCGAAUAUCUGAUGUUGAUGUACAUUGAUCGUUUGAGGGUUCGAAUAUCUGAUGUUGAUGUACAUUGAUCGUUUGACGGUUCAAAUAUCUGAUGUUGAUGUACAUUGAUCGUUUGAGGGUUCGAAUAUCUGAUGUUGAUGUACAUUGAUCGUUUGACGGUUCGAAUAUCUGAUGUUGAUGUACAUUGAUCGUUUGACGGUUCAAAUAUCUGAUGUUGAUGUACAUUGAUCGUUUGAGGGUUCGAAUAUCUGAUGUUGAUGUACAUUGAUCGUUUGAGGGUUCGAAUAUCUGAUGUUGAUGUACAUUGAUCGUUUGACGGUUCAAAUAUCUGAUGUUGAUGUACAUUGAUCGUUUGAGGGUUCGAAUAUCUGAUGUUGAUGUACAUUGAUCGUUUGACGGUUCGAAUAUCUGAUGUUGAUGUACAUUGAUCGUUUGACGGUUCGAAUUUUAUUUUGCAAGUUUCAAUUCUAUCAUAUGUACUGAUAUUUUUGAGACACGAACUAUGUUUUAGCAGCGGUUCUAAAUAUCUCUAAAUAAUUUGAGUAUAGUUACAAAGACACCUCCUUCUGGAGACACAGUUGCAGACACAUCUAUAAAAUCACAUGAAAUCUCUUGCAAAUAAACUGUAAGCCAAUAAAUAUAUAAUUAAGAUAAGAUUCUUUUAUUGAUACAAAUGAACUGAAUUAGUUUUGAUUGAAAUGGUAAUAUUGAUUAUCGACAUGUGGAAAAAACAAGAUUAAGAUAAAAACAAUUUUGUACUAAAACUUUAAAGGUACACAUUUUUACACAAGAAAGCUUAUUUAAAAUAAUGUCCAGGAACAGAAUCAUGGACGGAAAGGUUCUACCCUCUAUGAACAUUUUCCACCAGCGUAACAGGGCGAACGAGACAACUUGUGUUAGCAUCACAUCACAUACAAGACAGCUGGUGUUACCGUCACAAGACAACUAGUGUUACCGUCACAUUAUGUACAAGACAUCUAGUGUUACCGUCACAUUAUGUACAAGACAACUAGUGUCACCGUCACAUUAUGUACAAGACAACUAGUGUUACCGUCAUAUUAUGUACAAGACAACUAGUGUUAGUAUCACAUCACAUACAAGACAAUUAUUGUUAGCAAUUUAAACUUAUGAAAAAAGACAAAUUUCUCCAGUUGUAUAAAAGACUUUUUGAUUAAAAACUGAAUAACAGCUGCAUAUAAAAUAAUUUUGAAACGAUUCAUUAGAUUUGUGAUACGCUUUAGUACUAUGUAAUAAUUGUUUGAUGAAAAUGUACUUGAUGUCAAGUUUGGCUAAACAAAAAGGUGUGGAACAAACUUUUAAAGCUAUCUAUUAUAUAGCUAGAUAAUUUUCCCACGAUUAAAUAAUUCCACGAGCAAUCAGGUUUGUAUGAAAUAAAAAAUACUUUAAAUGUAAUUUGUAAGGCAAAUGAUUAUUUUAUUUUAUUUUUUAUUUAAUUUUAGCUUCAUGGUCAUAUUCCUUGCUGCACAGAGUCUUACUCACAAGAUAUGUUAAUUAUAUAUCGCAUCAUAUUUUGUAUAAGUGCUAGAGCCAAAACAAAACUUUGAGAACUAUGUACUGUUCUCUUCCAUAAACAAAUAAUACAUUCUGAUGACUUCAGCAAGAAUUUAAGUAUUUUCCUAAUGAUAUCCUUUUAUCUGUGUGUGAACUUUAAACAUAAUUUCUACUGGGAUGUUACCAUGUGAUUAUCACAGUAGCUAAACCUCGUCAAAUGUGAGUAAAGAAACAACAGCUGGGAGGUCCAAGGACAAUGCGGGGGGGGGGAGAGAAGUGAUAGAAAGGGUAGGGUAGAUGGGAUAACUUUAAAAGGCUGGAGUCUUGUAGGUAUUAAAACAGAUCGCUCGUUUGUCAUCUCUGAGGAUUAAACAUAAGUUCUACUGGGAUGUUACCAUGCGAUUAACACAGUAGCUAAACCACGUCAAAUGGGAGUAAAGAAACAACAGCUGGGAGGUCCAAGGACAAUGCGGGGGGGGGGGAGAGAAGUGAUAGAAAGGGUAGGGUAGAUGGGAUAACUUUAAAAGGCUGGAGUCUUGUAGGUAUUAAAACAGAUCGCUCGUUUGUCAUCUCUGAGGUUGUUGUUCUCUAAGGUUUGUCAUCUCUGAAGCUGUGGCCAUUAAGUUUUGUCAUCUCUGUAGCUGUGGUCACUACGUUUUGUCAUUUCUGAAGCUGUAGUCACUAAGUUUUGUCAUCUCUGAGGUUGUAUUUCACUAAGGUCUGUCAUGUUUGAAGUUGUGGUCACUAAGUUUAGUCAUCUUUGAAGCUGUGGUCACUAUUUUUUGUCAUCUCUGUAGCUGUGGUCACCAAGUUUUGUCAUCUCUGAAGCUGUGGUCACUAAGUCUUGUCAUCUGUGAAGCUGUGGUCACUAAGUUUUUUCAUCUCUGAAGCUGUGGUCACUAAGUUUUGUCAUCUCUGAGGUUGUAUUUCACUCAGGUCUGUCAUGUUUGAGGUUGUGGUCAGUUUAGUCAUCUUUGAAGCUGUGGUCACUAUUUUUUGUCAUCUCUUAGACUGUGGUCAUUAGUUUCUUGUGUGAAGAAUCUAAUAUAAACUUUUUAUAUAGUUUAUGAGAUAAAUAAAAAAAACUUUUAACAGAUCACAUUUCUCUUAUAAGAGAAUCAUCAUUUUUCAUUGUUAUUUUCAAAAGUUUUUCCUAAAAUAAUAAUAAUAUUAGCCAAAAACGUGAUAAAAAUGAUAUAAGAGUAGAAUUAAACCUCACAUAAUUCUUUCUUCAGAUUUCUUGACUGGGGAGGGAAGUCAAAUAUAUGCGUAAAGUUUUCACAUUUCUUUUUGAUUAAUUUCUUGACUUCAAUUAUUUUUUUUUUAUUUGUUACAAAACAAGUUACAAGGAUAAUUUGUAAUUGUAAAAAGAUUCAAAUUAUUUUAUAGUUACAUUUAAAUUAUUUUAAAAAAAAAACGUAGAGGUUGUAUAUUGAAUUUAUUGUAUAUCUGUCAUGCAAUUUGAACAUAUAAACGACUUGUUUAUUCCUUUUUUAUAAGAUACUCUCUAUACGACAGUUAAAUAAUACAACUUAUGUUUUCUUUUAUAUUGCAGAAAUUAAAAUGAAAUUUAUUCCUACAACCUUUGCCUUGUUGGUCUGUUGCAUCAGUGCUGUCUUUGGACAGUUAAAAGACGAUAUUGAGCCAGUCUGUCUCAUCAAUGGUGAGGUGAGUAGUGAAUAAGCUGUUCUUGUAUUUUGUGAUAUCAGAAGUAAAAAGCUGUCUUCUAAAAUAGUGAUGUGAAUAAUUUGUCUUGUAAAGUGUGUGGUAAGUAGUAAAUAAUAAGCUGCGUGCUUUCAAUAAUAACCACAGUUUUUCCAAUUAUUUUGAGUUGCUAAUAUUAUCAUACGGGGUAUUAUCAUUAGUUAAGGCUUCAUUAAUCUCAUUUUGUCAAUUUAUGUACCGUUUUGUCGUUAUUUUAAAAUGUUAACAUUAUUUCUGUGCUUUUGUGAAUAGCUGAGCAAUAUCAACAAUAUUCAAUAAUUUAUUAAAAUGUACAGUAACUAUCAUCAGUACAAACCCUAGUCAGAAAAUGGCGUCGAUACAAAUUCAAUUAGAAAAUUUCAUAAAUACAAAAAAGAAAAAAAAAUCUGAUAAAUCGUGCUUCGCGUACUACUUUGUUACAUUCCAACAUGACCAUGAUGUUUCUGUUUAAGCGCUUCAACCAAGGACAGUUUGUCGGGGAUCUUCUUGAUGGAUGUAACAACUGUUUCUGUGGACGUUAUGGGUUUGGAUGUACGUUAAUGUUAUGUCUAGAUUACCAGCCACUGGAUUGUGAGAUUCAAGGACAGGUAAAGACACGUGUCUAUCAUUUGGCACUGACAUGUUUUAUUUCAACUACAUAAAUACUUUUAACUUUCAACACAUCUUACACAUCUGAGUUAUUUUGUAAAAUUAUUCCAGCGUUUAAUGACGUUUUCGUUGCUUUUAAGUUUUAUAAAAUUAUAGAAGGAAAACAUUUGACAUCACGUACUUCUCUAAGAUCUCAUUUAUUUAUGUUGUCAGCUAAAUAUUUUUAACAGCACUACAAAUACUAUGACAUCACAUACUCCUUUAAGACAUGAUUUAUCUUUGUUGUCAAUAAAAUGUAUUUAACAGCACUACAACCAUGACGCCAGCGUCCCAUCUGAUGUGUGCGGGGAAUGUCAUUGUUUGAAUGGCAACCUGGCAUGCACCAACUGCCCAGCUUUAAAUAUGGCAAGUCUUUUAUUUGCAGCAAGCCUAAAUUAUUCCUUAACAUAUAAUUUACAGUAUAUGAUAUAUAUAUAUAUAUAUAUAUAUAUAUAUAUACAUAAAAAUCAUAUUGUUUAUUGCAACUUAUUUAGUAAUGAGGUACCAACUUCCAUAUAAAACAAAACAUCGGUAGUUCUAAAUUGAUGACUGCAAGAUGGCGUUUCCUAAAUGUAACUUUUGUCACAAGAUGACUAUGUCUUUUGCAUUACUCUCUACCCAGUUAGCUUUACUUUUUAAACCAAACUACAGAAUUUAAUUUCAUGAACAAUGCUAAUGGGUAUACUAAUUAUUCACUAAUUACUUUUUAUUCAUGUUGACAAUUUAUCAAUUACUUGUUGGUAUAUUAUAUAUCAUUUGUUUGUAAUGUAAACAGAACGCUAGCAUCUUGUGAGGUGUUAUAAAUGUUUACAUCCUUCACAGAUUUUUAAGUGAUGUUGAGGGAAACGUAAUAGUUGAUGACAUCAUCAUGGGAAUAUAAACUGAAAUACUCUCGUAAUCGCAAUGUAUUUUUAUUUAAUAAGUGUUUGGCAACAGUUGAAUUAAUGGAGUCUUAUAAUAAAGUUGGAAAACAU